GUAUCCUUGGAAACUAGAAUCAAAGUUAGAACUCUCAGAAACUAUGAAGGUUCACUAACUCUGCCCAGGAAGUAUACCAGACUUUUGAGGAUAAUUCUUAAAGCAAGAUAUGUUUCAUGAAGAGUUUAUUACACUUUGAAGCAAAAGCGUAUCAAUUUGAAAACUCCAUCUGUAUCUCAAAUGUGGUGUCUUUUCAUGGUGAUGUGUUUCAUCCUACCUUUUGGAAAUAGCCAUGGUGCCUUUCGAAAUCGAAGAUCUGUAAAUCCUGAAGCAAACAUGAAUAUUAGCCAAAUUAUAUCCUACUGGGGCUAUCCUGAUGAAAAGUAUGAUAUUGUAACUGAAGAUGGCUAUAUCCUGGGACUUUAUAGAAUUCCUUAUGGAAAAGCAAAUAACAAUAACUCAGCUCAGAGACUUGUUGUGUAUUUGCAACAUGGUCUGCUCACAUCUGCCAGCAGCUGGGUCUCCAAUCUCCCCAACAAUAGCCUGGGCUUUGUGCUGGCAGACGCUGGUUAUGAUGUGUGGAUGGGAAACAGCAGAGGGAGUACCUGGUCCAGGAAACAUAGGUACCUAAAAACCAAUUCCAAAGAAUUCUGGGCUUUCAGUUUUGAUGAAAUGGCUAAAUAUGACAUUCCAGCCUCCAUUGAUUUUGUUGUGAAACAAACUGGACAAGAGGAGAUAUUUUAUAUAGGCCAUUCACAGGGCACAACCAUAGCUUUCAUAGCAUUUUCCACAUUACCAAAGAUAGCUGAAAAAAUUAAAAUAUUUUUUGCCUUAGCACCAGUUUUUUCUAUUGUACACACAAAAUGUCCUUUACUUAAAAUGGCAUACAAGGUGAAGCCAAUAAUCAAGGCAUUUUCUGGUGACAAAGACUUCUUACCCAAAACCUCAUUUAACAAAUUUAUUGGUUCAAAGCUAUGUCCCCUACCAAUUUUUGAAAAGAUUUGUGUUGGAAACUUGUUUAUGAUAUAUGGAUAUGACCAAGAGAACUUAAAUAUGAGUCGCUUGGAUGUAUAUUUCUCACAUAACCCAGCAGGAACAUCUGUUCAAAACAUGGUCCACUGGAGUCAGCUUUUAUAUUCUAGUCGUUUGAAAGCCUUUGACUGGGGAAGUCCUGAACUGAACUUGCUUCAUUUCAAUCAGACAACAUCCCCAUUGUACAGUGUGACAAAUAUGACAGUGCCAACCGCCACUUGGAAUGGUGAACAAGAUUUGCUGGCUGACCCAGAAGAUGUUGAAACUUUACGAUCAGAAAUCAAAUACCACAUUUACCAUAAAACUAUUUCUUACUAUAAUCAUAUAGACUUUUUGUUUGGGAUGGAUGCCUACGAGCAAGUUUACCGUGAAAUUGUUGCAAUUAUGCAGGUCAACCCGUGACGAACCAUGAGACUCCAGGAUUGUGGAUCUAUAACAUUCUUAUUAAAGUCCCAUUACUUUUUCU